CGUCCGGGAGUGGUCAAAAUAUCCGCAUUUGCGGCUGGUAAGUGAAACUUGUCCUCUCUUUAGCUUUCCCAUGGUGUAUACCGGAUAACAGCCAAGAAAUACACCAAACUCAUUACAAGGAAGUUCUAGUGUUGGUGGAGGCAGUUUCCGUUAGUGUAUUAGCUGCAGACAGUGUCCAAAUCCAAAGAUGUCUACCGGAAAGAGUAAGAACCAGAGCUCUCUGGUGCUGCACAAGGUGAUCAUGGUGGGAAGUGGAGGUGUCGGGAAGUCAGCCCUCACUCUGCAGUUCAUGUAUGACGAGUUUGUGGAGGAUUACGAGCCCACCAAGGCAGACAGCUACAGGAAGAAGGUGGUUUUGGAUGGAGAGGAGGUCCAGAUCGACAUCCUGGACACAGCUGGACAGGAGGACUAUGCUGCCAUCAGAGACAACUACUUCCGGAGCGGAGAGGGCUUCCUGCUAGUCUUCUCCAUCACCGAACAUGAGUCAUUCACCUCCACCUCAGAGUUCCGGGAGCAGAUUAUGCGGGUGAAAGCAGAGAACGAUACCAUCCCUCUGUUGGUGGUGGGAAACAAGUCGGAUCUGGAGGACCGCAGGAAGGUGUCGUUGGAUGAGGUCAGGGCCAAGGCAGAGGAGUGGGGUGUGCAGUACGUGGAGACCUCAGCCAAGACACGAGCCAACGUCGACAAGGUAUUCUUUGAUCUUAUGAGGGAGGUGCGAAAAAAGAAAAUGUCAGAGAGCAAAGACAAGAGUGGAAAAGAAGGCAAGAUCAAGAAGGCUUUCAAAUGUUGUCUGCUUUGAUCUAGGCCAGACCUUUCAGACACAGAGCCAAACCAGACCAGAGCCUCCGCAGCACAGUGGCAUUAGACAGGGACAUGUUCAUUAGGACAUACUGUAGCAAAAUGUUUUGAAACCUUUUGCAAUGGGGGGAAGAAAAAA